AUCAGUUAUCAGCCAUGUCCUUUAAAUUCCCAUCGUUCGACUUGAAAGCUCUUCAAGAUUCGUUACCAACUGUUGACCAAGUGAAGGAAUCUUUUUCUAAAGUAAACGCUGGUAAAACCGUGGAACAAUUUCGUGAAUCAAUUCAACCAUUCACAGCUAAAACUGGACAAUUGAUUCAAGAUCAGUUAAAGCAAGUUCAACAAUUAGCCAGUAAUACUACUGACGACGUUGAAGUGAGUGAAUUGCCUGAAGAAUACUUGCAGUUGGAAACCAACUGUGACUUGUUGUUGAAGUUGUACACUGAUUUGAUUCAAUAUACUGACGAUACUUAUGGUAAGAUUAGCUAUGAUUAUCCUCCAGGAAGCUCCGCUAUUAAUAAAAUCAAAGAUGCCAAUGUCAGUGGCGUUAUCAGUAACAAGUUUAACCAAUUAAAGAAUGUAUCUUCUCCUCAAGAAUUGGAAAAAAUUUUGUUUAGCAGUUCUCAAGAACCUACUAAUGAAGGCAGUGUUACUAUUCAACCUACUUCUCCUGACCUCGUUAAGACUUUGUAUGGACAAUUAUCUUCUCUUGCUUUGAAACAUAGUGAAGAAUUAAAGAGUUCUGAGAAUCCAUUAUCAUUUGCAUUAUUGCAAGUUUCUACCACUUAUCAUGAAAUUGGUGUUGCUAGAUUAGACCAAGAUAAGAAGAUUAUGGCUGGUGUUAAUGCUGAAUUAGCUCGUAUUUUGAAUGAACAAUUCAUCAAAGUUAAUGAAUUACGUAAACAAGUUUAUUCCACCAGAAGUGAGUUUGAUUUAUUAAGAGCUAAAUACGAAGAAGAUCCAGAAAAUGAAGAUUUGAUUGCCAAGGAAGAUGAAUUAGUCAGUGCUACUGAAUCUGCCGUUUUGGAAAUGAAGAAGUUCUUGAAGCCUUCCAAGAAUAUUGAUUUGUUGAAGGUGUUUAUUAGUGCUCAAAAGGAAUUUUUUGAAUUGAAUGCAAAGAAAUUAGGAGAAUUGUUAAGCAACUUGAGCAAGAUCCCAAUCAAUGGUGAAGAUGAAGAAGAUGAUUAAGCUUUUGUUAUAUAUAGUUAUGUAUUUUGCGUUUUUUUUUAGCUUUAUAGAAAUUUACUUUUAUAUUACCGCGACUUUU